AGUACCUGUCUCGCGAGAUUCCGCGAGGUGAUAAGUUGAAGAAACAUGGCGUCGUCGCAUUUGUUAAAGAACAAGGGGUCCCUGCAGUUUGAGGACAAGUGGGAUUCAAUGCGGCCAAUCGUCCUCAAGCUGCUCAGACAGGAAGCGGUCACCAAGCAACAGUGGUUCGACUUGUUCUCAGAUGUCCAUGCUGUGUGUCUAUGGGAUGACAAAGGGCCAGCCAAAAUCCACCAAGCUCUCAAAGAGGACAUCCUAGACUUCAUUAAACAAGCACAGGCUCGGGUGCUGAGUCACCAGGAUGACACAGCGCUGCUGAAGACCUACAUUGUAGAGUGGAGGAAGUUCUUCACCCAGUGCGACAUCCUGCCCAAACCCUUCUGCCAGUUGGAGAUCACGCUCAUGGGCAAACAAGGCAGCAACAAGAAAACAAACAUGGAGGACAGCAUCGUACGCAAGCUGAUGUUGGACACGUGGAAUGAGUCAAUCUUCUCCAACAUUAAGAGUCGGCUGCAGGACAGCGCCAUGAAGCUAGUGCACGCCGAGAGGCAGGGGGAGGCCUUCGACUCCCAGCUUGUUAUAGGAGUACGAGAGUCGUAUGUCAACCUGUGCUCUAACCCAGAAGACAAGCUGCAGAUCUACAGGGAUAACUUUGAGAAAGCCUACCUGGACUCAACAGAGAGGUUUUACAGAACACAGGCACCGUCCUAUCUGCAACAGAACGGAGUCCAGAACUACAUGAAAUACGCAGACGCAAAGCUGAGAGAAGAGGAGAAGAGAGCGCUUAGAUAUCUAGAGACACGUCGUGAAUGUAACUCUGUUCAAGCACUUAUGGAGUGUUGCGUUAAUGCUCUGGUAACCUCGUUCAAAGAGACCAUCCUCGCCGAAUGUCCGGGGAUGAUCAAACGAAAUGAGACGGACAAGCUGCAAUUGAUGUUUUCACUGAUGGACAAGGUUCCCAGCGGGAUCGAGCCCAUGCUGAAAGACCUGGAGGAACAUAUUCUCCAUGCUGGACUAGCAGACAUGGUGGCUGCUGCCGAGACUAUCACAUCUGACUCUGAGAAGUACGUGGAGCAGUUGCUGACCUUGUUUAACCGCUUCAGUAAGCUGGUAAAGGAAGCCUUCCAGGAUGACCCUCGCUUCCUCACAGCCAGAGAUAAGGCUUACAAGGCCGUUGUCAAUGACGCGACAAUCUUCAAACUGGAGCUGCCUUUGAAACAGAAAGGUGUGGGCAUGAAGACUCAGCCGGAGUCAAAGUGUCCUGAGCUGCUGGCAAACUACUGUGACAUGCUGCUUAGGAAAACUGCUCUGAGCAAGAAACUCACCUCGGAGGAAAUCGAGCUCAAGCUCAAAGAAGUGCUCUUGGUGUUGAAGUACGUUCAGAAUAAAGACGUGUUCAUGCGUUACCACAAAGCUCACCUGACCAGGCGCCUGAUUCUGGACAUUUCAGCCGACAGCGAGAUUGAAGAGAACAUGGUGGAGUGGCUGAGAGAAGUAGGGAUGCCUGCGGAUUAUGUGAACAAGCUGGCCAGGAUGUUUCAGGACAUCAAGGUCUCAGAGGACCUCAAUCAGGUCUUCAAAGAGAUGCACAAACACAACAGGCUGGCACUGCCAGCGGACAGUGUGAACAUUAAGAUCCUGAACGCCGGAGCAUGGUCGCGGAGCAGCGAGAAAGUUUUCGUCUCGCUGCCCACGGAGCUGGAGGACCUGAUCCCAGAGGUGGAAGACUUCUACAAGAGGAAUCACAGCGGACGCAAACUCCACUGGCACCACCUCAUGUCCAAUGGCAUCAUCACCUUUAAAAACGAGGUGGGGCAGUACGACCUGGAGGUCACGACGUUCCAGCUGGCGGUGCUGUUCGCCUGGAACCAGAGACCCAGAGAGAGAAUCAGCUUUGAGAACCUCAAACUGGCCACGGAGCUGCCCGACGCAGAGCUACGCCGCACACUCUGGUCUCUAGUGGCCUUCCCCAAGCUGAAGAGACAGGUGUUGUCUUAUGACCCUCCAGUCAGCUCGCCCAAAGACUUCACAGACAGCACGCUCUUCUACGUCAACCAGGACUUCUCACUCAUUAAAAACUCCAAAGUCCAGAAGCGGGGAAAGAUCAAUCUGAUAGGUCGGCUGCAGCUGACCACAGAGCGGAUGAGGGAAGAGGAGAAUGAAGGAAUUGUUCAGCUCAGAAUACUCAGAACUCAGGAGGCCAUCAUCCAAAUCAUGAAGAUGAGGAAGAGGAUCAGCAAUGCUCAGCUGCAGACGGAGCUGGUGGAGAUCCUGAAGAACAUGUUCCUGCCUCAAAAGAAGAUGAUCAAGGAGCAGAUUGAGUGGCUCAUCGAACACAAGUACAUAAAGAGGGAAGAGGCGGACAUCAACACCUUUGUCUACAUGGCCUAGACGGCGAGGGAGGGAGGGAGAAGAGCGCUUCCUCGCUCUGCUGUUUUACUCCUGGACUGGCGACCGGCGCUUUAAAACCCUGCGAGAGGAGAAGGAACAAAAGGAUGUGUGGGGGAGGGAUGAGAAGUAGU